CAAUGCGCCUGCGCGGUGCCCUUGCCCUCCCUCAGGCCGAGGAGUCGCCGUUGGGGCCUCCCGGUGGCCGCCGCCUCGGAGCAGGGGCUGAAGCCCCAAAUGUGCGGAAACCUCACCGAGACCGCUCCGGUUUAGAGCCGCCUUUCCCGACCGACGGAUGGGGCAGCGUCCUUAACUCCCCCCGCCGGUCGGAGGAUCGGAAUGAAGAGGUUCCCGGCGGAAUGGCCGGUCUGCGCUGGGAGCAGAAGGGCCCGGCCGGCCUGAGCGCCAGGACCGGCUACCGGGACUCCGUGUACAUCAAGGCGGCCAACAUUUUCCACAGCAUCCGCACGGAAAAACCUGCCCAAAAUCUCUCCAUUCGCUACGGGAAGGAGCUGCUGCCGUCCUGCCCCGAUGUCGGCAACGGCAAGGCGCAGCAGCACUGGGCUUAUGAACUGGCAUUCAGUACUCUCAAAUAUCAAGAUAUCCUGGAAGACAUAUUGUUAGACAGCUGUUUCUACCCAACUGUGUCAAUACCAGCUGAUUUGACCAGUCUUGUUGUUGUGAUGCUGUAUGAUUUCCAAGAUCGGAAAUUUCAAGCUCGUCUCGUCUCUGACAAUGAGGAGCCGAUAGCAGAAGUUCAGGAAGUAGAGAAUCAUCUGAGCAGUUUCAAAACAAAAUUGGCCGCAGCACUGGCGAGAUAUCGAAUCAAGCAUGAUGCUCUUUCAAUCGACUACAUUCUACCGGAAACUGUUCGGAAACAAGAACAACGAGCCUCUACUUUACCGCUUUAUGUAUGGAUCAACUCCUGUAAAAUCAGCCCCGAAGACAUUUAUAUCAUUUUGAAGAAGGAAGGAUUCACUAAAGUCAAUUCGGUAAUGGAAUUUGUGGGUAAAUCUUUCUGUGUGGAUCAACACUGCCCUGAUGUUAUCGUUUUUCCUUCCUAUCUCAAAAGUGAACUUCUGAACAUAGAUCUUUUCACCGAAUACAAACUUUUAUUUCAGGAUAAAUCUCGGAGCCUUGCGGUCCAUUCUGUAAAGGCCUUACUCAACAUGGAUGAUGACAUCUUAUUGGUUAAUGUGGGUUCCUGGCUCACCGUUGCCCAUAUGUCAGUUCUGACAAAUCAGAGCUCUUCCAAAGUAUUUGUAUGUGGCAUAAAAUCACAGGGCAAGGAAGUUGAACUGAAGAACCUUUAUACAAAAAUAGGAUGCAAAAACAUUGAGCUGCUGCAUGAAAACUUUAUUGCCCUGGAGCCAAAGGAUCAGAGGCUACAGAAAGUUAAAGUGAUCCUUCUCCUUCCUCGUUGUUCAGGAUUGGGUGUUAGUAAUCCGGUAGAAUUCAUUUUAAGUGAACACGAAGAUUCUGUUUUGCUCAGAGAACUCUCUCAGGGGUCUAUAGCAGAGGAGAAACUCCAUGUGCUUGUCCAGGAGCAACUUGAUCAGCUGAAACAUGCCAUGCAAUUUAACAAAGCACAAGCAAUUGUCUACUGCACAUGUUCAGUUUAUCCAGAAGAAAAUGAAGUGGUCAUUAAAAAAGCACUGGAAUUCAGAGCAGAGGGGAGUAAAAUACAACCUUAUAGACUUAGCCCUCCUGUUCUUCCUCUGUGCUCUGUAUCAGAAAUACAGUCAUCAGUUAGUAAAUUUUUCAAAAUGGAACCAUCAGAUAUUACCAAUGGCUGCUUCCUAGCUGUUUUAACCAGAGAGAAGGAUCCGGCCGAGACCGUGUCUGUCAAGGAUAUUUUGGCUCGGGCUGCUGCCAAGGGCCUAUUGGAUGGAAUCGAGUUGACGAAAUCACCAAGGAAAGAGAAGAAGAAAUCCAAAACAUCCCUCCCCAAAACCUGGAGCGGUACUACAGGUUCCCAGAUAAAAAUCACAGAGUUCUUGAAUCGAGGAACUUCACUUGCUGUUCUUAGUUCAGGGGCUUUGUCGGCCAAAGCUGGGGGUCCUGUGCCCCAGAAAUCGGGCAGCACACGGCAUUUCUCUCAGAUGCCCAAAUUCAACAAGCCAAGCGCAUAUCCCUUAGCACCCCCAGCUGUGCAGAGCAGCCUCUCAGCCCCCAUUAGGGCAUGUGAACGGUCCCGUCCCGAAGGGAAGAUGGUGGUGCUGAAACCCGUGGAGAUUGUUUUGCCUCCAGUCAUCCUGCCCUUUUCCAGCCCCCAGGGCAGGGCUCCGACCCCACAUUGUUACUAUCGCUGGGUCAGGACCAGGUCCAGUGGGCACAAUCUUCUCACAUCUUCAGCUUCCAAAAGGUUGGAAAAAGCGAAGGAAGGUUUACCUGGUACUGCAGUGAGACAUCCGCGACCAUGGCUAUAAACAUUUUAGAACCUUUUCCUCAAAAGUAAAGGCACAACUGUCGACCUUUUAACCUCUCUUGUGAGUCUGAAUGGGUCUUUCCCUUUAGAGGAUAAUUAGAAAACAUAGAACAGGCGAGGAAAUGCUAUUCAGAGCAACAUAGUGGAGUGUGUAGGGCUUACAUCAGUUUAGUCUUAGUGGUAAGACUAAAUCUCUAAAAUCAGUCUUAGGGGUAAGACUGGCCCCUCCCUGAGUUUCCCAUAUAUAUGAAGGGCAAUAAAGAGAGUAAGAGAUGUCAAAGACUUGAUGGGAAGGAAGUUUUACUAAAGGGUGAUUUAAGACAAUUUUUAAUAAGAUAGUUAUUUUCCAUUUAUCUUUUUGCUUUAUUUCAACUCUCGCUUGGGUUCAGACACUUUGAUAAAGAAGGAUGACGUGUUUUCCUGCUUGCAUAUUUCAGCAGUGACAGUAGUCACUACCACCUGGAAGCUCCAGUGAGGGAAUUUUGAAUGGUGCAAAAUGCCUCUUGGUGAUAAGCUUUCAUUGCAGGGAGCAACAUGGAGGGAAAUUUAUUUUCACCCUAUUUGGGCUAAGUAAUGCCUGAAAUGAUGGAAAUGAUGCCCGAAGGUGAAUAUUCUUCUUAACUUCAGCUGAUAUAUGUCAUUUGGUAGGUGACAUCUGAGACUGAAAGAACUCAGUUUCUAGUUGUGUUCAAAGAUCAGGCCAAAUAGGAAAAACUUCAAGUCAUUUCAAAUAGGAAACAGUAGUCACACAUUGGAAAAUAAUUUCUGGUGCUUAAUCUACCUAAAUACGAAGCAUUUUAACUGUAUUAGGUCAAUUCAUCUUUAAAAUGUGGUCCACAAUGCAUGAAAGACAGCCAAGAGUUCCACCCUAUGGCGUAUGAAAGCUACUAUCACUUUUUUCGCAUUGUUUCCCAUCUGUACACCUCUUGAGAUGGGAUUAGCACUUAAACUGGAGAAAUUCCAUGUGUUGGCUCUACAUAUCACUCUUUUAUUUCCAAAGAGUCUCAUUUCAGCUGGCUAAUUCAGCGAUUUACACAGUUUCAAGAUUAUGAAGGAAGAUUACUACUGGUGGGGUAGUUGGUGAAAUUCAGUAUUCCUUAUUUAAUAGUUAUCAAUUGUGAAACCACCAAAAAAUCACAGACUUUGCUCAAAUCCAAAACCAAAGGAGAGGAACCUUUUUUUUUUAAAAAAAUCUAUGAGCCAGGUACAGAAUCAUUUCAUACACCAGUAUGUUCCAACUAAAAGUUCUUUAUCAUAGUGUAUAUCAGUAACGUGCAUAGUGUUUAGAUGACUAUAAAUUCUGCAUUUCAUUUUGUCAGUCAAAACCAUCAGCUUGCUUAGAAUGCCUAAUGUUUGCAUAAAACGCAGGAAUUUACCCUCUUACAACAGGAUUCUGUUCCAAGGGUAAGAUGUCUGUCUCAUUGGAGAGGUUAACAGCUUCUAAUUCCAAAGUACCCAGUUUGCAUUCUCCGUAACUGUGGCAGACAUCUUUCUGCAUUCUUGCUCUGAAAAAAUGAUGAAGACAAAUGGACUUGCAUAGUUGGGGAAAAAAUGUGCAUACAUGUUCUCCCAGGCUUGGCUACUUGAUGGGAUUCUAUCACCAUUUUAAGUACGUUUGUGUUUGCAAAAUAACUACUCUUCCAUCACUGCUCUAGAUUAUAUUUCGAGGUUCUUUUAAUACGUGAUUACAUGAAGAUUCUGAAUUAAAAUGUGUUUGUACCUGAGAGCUUUUUCAGUAGAUGUGAAACUUCUCCUAAGAGGUGGGCAAUAACACUUCUCAUCUUGCAAGAAUGGGUUUUAAAAAAAGUAAAUAAAAUAUUUACUCAAAUUGUA